AUGAGGAGUUCUUUGUCGUUGCUGGGACUCUUGUCCACAGGACUAGUCCAUGCUACCUACACCAAUUCUACACCGACAUUCACUCCUCAAGCGAUGUUGAGUGCUCCUCGUCGAGGAUCAGCAAUUCCAAAUGCAGACGGAACGCUUGCACUGUACACCGUGGCUACCUAUUCAUUUGAGGAGCAUCACAAUGCUCAUGAGCUUCGUGUGAUGAAUCUUGCGAACGGCACAUCAUGGCUUUUCAGCAAUUCAAGCGCAAUCAGCAAUGCUAAUUGGCUGGGUGAUGGAAGCAAGAUUAUCUGGUUUGUAUCGGAAGAUGACGGAUCUACUAGCUUUGUUGUUGGAGAUGCGACAGCACCAAGUGCCGAGUCCGUCUCGGCAGGUUCUGUUCCUGGAUCAGUUGACAAUCUUAAACUCGUCAGCAUCGGCAACGGAACUCUCGGAGUUGCAUUCAGCGGCCAAGCUUCACCUAAUGGUACUCUUUACAAUGCCGAGCUCGCUUCAACACCCUAUACCACCGGAAGAGCUUAUACCUCAAUUUUUGUGAGACAUUGGGACACAUACAUCACGCGUGAGAGAAACAGCCUUUGGUAUGCCGCUUUAUCAAAGUCUGAAAGCGGUUAUACACUCAGUGAACCAGUUAAUGCUUUGAAUGGUUCUGGUCUUGAAUCACCAGUUCCGCCAUUUGGUGCAACAAACAGCUUCGAUAUUGGCACAAAGGGCUUAUCUUUUAUCGCCAAGGAUAUUACUUUGAAUCAAGCCACCACAACCAAGUCGGAUGUUUACUACGUACCGUUGAAAACAUUUACCGAAACCUCUCCAGAACUCAAAGUAGUUUCUACUCCUGAUCUCGAAGGGGCUUCUGACAAUGUAGUUUUCUCACCCUCCGGGUCAUCACUCGCCUUUGUCCGUAUGAAGCAAAUCAGCUACGAAAGUGACAAGAACCGUAUUUUACAAGUAGCAGAUGUCACUUCCGAUUUGACGGCCGUUGAAUUCUACGCCUCGGAGGAUGGAAAGGGUGCCUGGGAUCGUAGCCCAACUACACUUUGUUAUAGUCAAGAUGGCGAGUCUCUCUAUGCAGUAGCUGAAGACUUUGCCAGGGUCCGAUUAUUUACCUUGUCUGCUGAUCCCGCAAACACAACCCUUCCAUCCAUUAUCUUCAAAGACGGCGGUGUAACAGACCUCCACCAACAAGGAAAGGAUAAAAUACUUGUUAGCAGCUCAAGCUUCCUUGAUAACUCCGUCUUCUCCUCCGUUGAUCCUAUUGUUUCCGCUGCCACUAAUGCAUCGUCUGGUGUCACUACCAUUUCCGCCAACCUCGAUAGUCUCAAGGCGUAUGGACUUGCUCGCGACUUCAUCUCCGAUAUUUACUACCAAGGCGAUGGUGAUUACCUAGUCCAUGCCUGGGUCAUCAAACCUAGUACAUUCGUCGAAGGUCAAACAUAUCCUUUAGCAUUUUACAUUCAUGGCGGUCCACAAGGAGCUACAGAGGAUCUUUGGAGUAGCCGUUGGAAUAUGGCCGUCUUUGCUGAACAGGGCUAUAUCGUCGUUGCUUUCAACCCCACCGGAAGCACAGGUUUCGGUCAAGAACUCACCGAUGGGAUUCAAAACCAAUGGGGUGGCAGACCCUACAACGAUCUUGUCAAAGGCUGGGAGUACAUCGAAGAGAACCUUUCAUUCGUUGACACCGAUCGUGCUAUCGCAUUGGGUGCUAGUUAUGGUGGAUACAUGGUAAACUGGAUUCAAGGCCACCCUCUUGGACGGAAAUUCAAGGCUUUAUUCACACAUGACGGAUGUUUCUCCACUCUUUCGCAAUACUCCUCUGAAGAACUGUGGUUCAUGCAGCAUGAUUUUAACGGAACUCUUUGGGAAAACUUCGACAACUACGCGCGUUGGAACCCGGCAAAUCACACGGAUGCGUGGUCGACACCUCAUCUCAUUAACCACAAUGAGUUAGACUAUCGUCUUCCAAUUUCUGAAGGCAUUGGUGCUUUUAAUGUCCUUCAGGCAAAGGGUAUCAAGAGUAAAUUCUUGAGCUUCCCGGAUGAGAAUCAUUGGGUUCUGAAACAGGAGAAUAGUUUGGUGUGGCAUAAGACGGUUUUUGAUUGGUUGAAUGAACACGUUGGCUUGCCUGAGUAUUCUAGCCCUGGCGAUUCUGAUUAUAGGGCGGUCUUGCAGAGUGGACCUUGGAUCUGA